AUGGUCCAACCAAUCCCCAAGACGGAUUCGCUGGCCGAGAUGUUCUCCAUGAAGGGGAAGGUCGCUGUCGUGACGGGCGCGUCGGGAGCCAAGGGGAUGGGCAUUGAAGCUGCUCGAGGACUAGCUGAGAUGGGCGCCAACCUCGCGAUAACUUACUCCUCGCGGCCGGAAGGCGGCGAGAAGAACGCCAGGGAGCUCGCCGAGAAAUACGGCGUCAAGGUCAAAGCCUACAAGUGCGACGUCGGCAACUGGGACGAGGUGUCCUCCUUCGUCGCCGAAGUCAUCAAGGAGUUCGGCAAGAUCGACGCCUUCGUCGCCAAUGCCGGCCGUACCGCCGACGCUGGCGUGCUGGACGGGACUGUCGAGGCGUGGAACGAGGUGAUCAAGACGGAUCUGAACGGAACGUUCCACUGUGCGAAGGCCGUCGGGGCGCACUUCAAGGAGCGCGGCUCAGGCUCCUUCGUCAUCACGGCGAGCAUGAGCGGCCACAUUGCCAACUUCCCCCAGGAGCAGACGAGCUACAACGUGGCGAAGGCCGGUUGCAUCCACAUGGCGCGCAGCUUGGCGAACGAGUGGCGCGGCUUUGCCCGAGUCAACUCCAUCAGCCCGGGCUAUAUCGACACGGGCCUGAGCGAUUUCGUGCCCAAGGAUACGCAGGAUCUGUGGAAGAGUAUGAUUCCCAUGGGGAGGGAUGGGGAGGCGAAGGAGUUGAAGGGCGCGUAUGUGUAUCUCUGCUCGGAUGCGAGCACGUACACGACGGGCGCGGAUCUGAUCAUUGAUGGCGGCUACUGCGCCAGGUAG